AUGGUGGAAUUCUGUUGGGUUGUUGAGAAGUGGACCAUCAUGUGCGGUGAGGUGGUGCUUGGCGGCAAGUGGAGUGGAGAAGGGCUUGCAUUCAGUCAUGGAGUUGCGGUGAAGAAGAUCCAACGUGUAUUUGAGAGAUGUGGAGUCCUGAAUCAUGUGGAAGAACUUCAAGGCCAAGAAAGUAACGCAUGGAGCCCAAGUCCUUGA